GAUGGGAGGCUCGUGCAGUUCGAUCUGUUGUCCAGGCGGCUGCGCGUUCUGCCUUCCCGGCUGCAGUAUUUAACAGGCAGUCAACGGUUGGAAAUCACAACGGUCAAACUGUUGGAAACGUCACCGCUCCGGUUCGUUAUUCCCCCCCCUCUCCACCACCGGCAUCCGUGUCCCCCUCUCAAGCCGGGGAAGAGGGGGUCCAGCGCGGGGCGAGACAGUGAGGACCGACCAGCAUGGACCCCCAAGCGAAGGACCGCACCAGCCCGGCGACGGGGGGCUUCGGCGGGCGCCUAGCCUCUCUGGGUGCUGACGGGGGUGACUCGGAGUCCGGAGCCGGCGAGGAGGAGGCUGCCGUCGGCUGCUGCAGCGACACGUUCAGCAGCCUGCCCGACAUGGAGCAAGAGACGCUGGAGGAGAAAUUAAGAACACUGGCUUUCAGAAAACAGACCUCGUAUCGGAAAGCAAUCUCCCGUUCAGGCCUCCAGCAUCUCGGUCCACCUCAGCCCUCCCUGCCUCCCGCAUCCAACGGCCCCAACAAGGAUCUACGUACCGGCGUCGACUGGACGGAGAACGCGGUGAACGGGGAUCACCUGUGGAUGGAGACGAGUUGCUCGGGGGAGCUCUGUUAUCUGGGAGAGGACACCUGCCUACUAAAGACCGCAAAGUCGGCCCCCAGAAGGAAAUGUGCAGCCUGUAAGAUCGUCGUUCACACUAGCUGCAUAGAGCAACUAGAAAAGAUCAACUUCAGAUGCAAGCCAACUUUCAGAGAGGGGGGAUCCCGGUGCCUCAGAGAUCGUCUCUCUCUCGGACAGCAGAACAUACUGAGACAUCACUGGGUUCACAGACGAAGACAGGAGGGGAAAUGUAGACAGUGUGGAAAGAGUUUUCAACAGAAGUUCUUCCACAGUAAAGAAAUCAUCGCCAUCAGUUGUUCCUGGUGUAAACAGGCUUUCCACAACAAGGUGACGUGUUUCAUGCUGCACCAGAUUGAGGAGCCGUGUUCACUGGGGGCCCACGCUGGAGUCAUAGUACCUCCAUCCUGGAUCAUCAAAGUCAGGAAACCACAGAGCUCACUUAAGAACUCUGCCAGAAGAAAAAAACGGACAUCUUUCAAACGAAGGACAAGCAAGAAGGGAAUGGAUGAGUCCAAAUGGCGUCCGUUCAUGUUGAAGCCCCUCCCCUCUCCUCUCAUGAAGCCCAUCUUAGUUUUUGUUAAUCCCAAGAGCGGGGGCAACCAGGGUGCCAAGGUGUUACAGAUGUUCAUGUGGAUCUUGAACCCGCGACAAGUCUUUGACCUGUCGCAGGGUGGGCUUCGAGAGGCGUUGGAGUUGUACAGGAAAGUGCCAAAUCUGAGGAUCCUCGCUUGUGGAGGUGAUGGGACGGUGGGGUGGAUCCUGUCCACUCUAGAUGAGCUACAGAUGAACCCCCAGCCUCCUGUUGCUGUUCUUCCUCUGGGAACAGGAAAUGACCUCGCCAGGACGCUCAACUGGGGUGGGGGUUACACAGAUGAGCCCGUGUCCAAGGUCUUGUGUCAUGUGGAGGACGGUUCGGUGGUGCAGCUGGACAGAUGGAACCUCCUGGUAGAGAAAAGUGCCGUCCAACCAGAGGACGGCACACAGAAGCUGCCUCUGAACGUGUUCAACAACUACUUCAGCCUGGGCUUCGACGCUCACGUCACCCUUGAGUUCCACGAGUCCAGAGAGGCCAACCCAGAAAAGUUCAACAGUCGCUUCCGCAACAAGAUGUUCUAUGCAGGAGCUGCGUUCUCAGAUUUCCUCCAGAGAAGCUCCAGGGAUUUGUCCAAGCACGUCAGAGUGGUGUGUGAUGGUACAGAUCUGACUCCUAAGAUCCAGGAGUUAAAAUUCCAGUGCAUUGUGUUUCUAAACAUUCCCAGGUACUGUGCUGGCACCAUGCCGUGGGGAAACACAGGCGACCACAGGGACUUUGAACCGCAGCGCCAUGACGACGGCUGCAUCGAGGUUAUCGGCUUCACCAUGGCCUCACUGGCGGCCCUACAGGUGGGAGGUCACGGGGAGAGACUGCACCAAUGCAGAGAAGUCGUUCUUACCACGUUCAAGACCGUACCUGUUCAGGUGGACGGUGAGCCAUGUCGACUGGCUCCCUCCACUCUCCGCAUCUCUCUUCGAAAUCAGGCCAACAUGGUCCAGAAGAGCAAGAGACGCACCUCUGUGCCCCUGCUGAACGAUCCUCACGCAGUUCCAGAUCGUCUUCGUCUGCGAGUUAAUCGGAUUAGCCUCCAGGAGUACGACAGACUGCAGUACGACAAGGAACAACUAAGAGACAUCUCCAUCCCAGUAGGCAUUGUGGUGGUGAGAGGUGACUGCGACCUGGAGACAUGCAGACUCUACAUCGACAGAUUACAAGAGGAUUUACACCAGGCGCCAUCUACUGGCCCCAGAGUGCACUAUCAGGACGAGAGCAGAGGCAUCCCCAGGACCAGUUCAUCCAGUAGACUCUCUCCCAACUGGAGCUUCUUAGAUUCCACAUCAGCUGAUCGCUUCUAUCGCAUCGACAAAGCUCAGGAGCACCUCCACUUUGUAACAGAGAUUUGUCAGGAUGAGGUGUUUAUCCUGGACCACGAGGGACCUGUGGUGAGCCAGGUGUCGUCCACGGGGAUGCCCGAUCUGGUGGUGGAACCUACUGCUGGUGCUCCCUUGACGCCUGAGGAACAAGCUUUGCUGACAGCUGCGAGUUGUGGGGAUCUCUCUAUGAUGUCGGAGUGCGUCCGUCGCGGCGUCAGCUUGUUGGUUAGAGACUCUGGAGGUUGUUCAGCGUUGCAUAAAGCCGCUCACAACGGACACGCGGAGAUGGUCAGCUACAUACUGCAACAAGGCUCCAAAGUGCUUCUGGAUUUGGCAGACAGAGAGAAGGGGGACACCGCCUUGCACAAAGCCGCCUCAGAGAAGCAACAUGACGUGUGUCGAUUGUUGGUGGAGGCCGGGGCGUCGCUCGAGAAAACCAACUUCCAGGGGAAGACACCAGCGGAACAAGCGGUCGGAGACUCGGAGCUGGCCACCUACCUGAGCACCCAACAACACAAAUCUUCUGCCACCCACGAAGACUUGGAGACCGCUGUCUGAGGCGCACACACACUCACACACUCUCUCACUCACUCUGUCUCUCUGGACUCCGCACACACUCGUAGCGGAGAAGACUCUGAGAGAGAGAGAGAGAGAAAAGUGUAUAAAAAAACAAACAAACAAACAAACAAACAGAGUCUGGAUUUGGCUCCAGCGUCUCUACAGAAGGAGGGAAAAAUCAGACAAAACCACAGAAGUGAACUGCUUCAGCUCACAACAGCACCGCAGUGGAGAAAAUGUUUUAAUGGUCAACUAUUUAUUUGUAUUUAUUUAUUCAUAUUCUAUUUAUUGGUUGUACUGAUUGAUGGAUUGAGUGAUCGAUUGUACAGUGGGACUCUUAACGGUUCAGGAUGCAAGUGCACUUUGACCAGCCGGAAAAAAACACGUCGUCUCUCAUCUUGUAAAGGAUUUAUUUGGAUCAUAUUUUUAAAAAAAAAAAAAAAAAAACAGGGGGUAAGACUUCUACGGUGGUCGAAAAGUGUGAAAAUCGUCGAAAUAACAUAAAGUCUCAUUUCAGAACUGAUGGACAUAUUAAAGGUUUAUAUGUUUACCCCAUAAAACCUGUGUGCCAAAGACAUUACGCUGAUGUAGUGUCACAUCCAGUCCACAGUUUAUGUAAUGAUCGUAGUGUUUAUCACAUUAGUUGGUUAAAACAUUUUCAUUAAUCUCCAAAACUGAUUAUAUAUAUUUAUUUUUUUUUUGUUUUAACACUAAAUUAUGUUAAGACUUCAAUCAUGUUGUUUCAUUCUGCGUCUCCAUUACUGAGUCAUUGAAGGGCUGUGAUAACUACUUUUAAUUGUUACACAUUAGUUAAAGUAAGUAAGGAAGGAAUGAAAGAAGUAAAAGCACCUUUCAAAACCACACUUGCAAAGUGUUUCACAUGUAAAAAUACCAAAAACUACAACAAAACGAUUACAGGGAACAAUCGCCCUUAAAGAGAAUUAAAUGAAAAUCUUAUAUAAACAGCAUAAAACCAUCAGAGUAAUAAGUUAUAGAAAUGCCAGACUGUACAGAGGUAUUUAAAAGCUUUUUUAAAUGUGGCACUGAGCUGAAACUGGGAGGGGGUUUUAGUCCAGUGGUUCCUAACCUGGAGGGUCCAAAGAUGAUUAAAGGUAUGAGACAGAAAUGACACAAAAUUCCCGGCUUUUCUCAAAUUUUUGCUUUUUUUUGCGAAUUACUGAUUCACAUUUUCGAGCCUCUAAAAAUUCCUUCAAAUGCAACAAUAUCAGAAGAAAAACAUUCACUCUCUGGUUGAAAUGCUUGUUAAGACAUUGGUUUGUUUUAAGCCAAACAGGUUGGGAACCGCUGGUGAUGUUGGAGCUAAAACUGUAAAGAUCCAGUAUUUGGCUUCCAGGGCUGAGAGGUCUUAGUGUAAAAUAUAGUGUUUAAAGUUCAGAAAUAUAAAAUUACAGCCAAUGUAAUGCAGCCAGGACUGCAGAAAUAUGCUUUAUGCAGUAAGGUUAUUUUCUAAUAACCAGAUUUUGGGUGCCAGGUGGUCUUAUUUUGAAAUCUCUACCUUCUUUUUUAUAAUCCUCUUCUUAAAGGUUCUUCUAAAGGUCGAUAAAUUAUUUUAUCUCUUGUAGAACUGAAACAAUUAGUGGAUUAAUCAACAGAAAACUGUAAACUAUUUGGAUAAUAGAUUAAUCUUUUAAGUCUUUUUUUGUUUUUGUGUAAAAAUGCCAAAAAAAUCACUGGUUUCAGCUUCUUAAAUGUGAA